AUGACUCUCCAAAUUCUCAAUGUGUCUUUGCUCUUGUUUUUUACGAGAUGUUUGAGUUUGAAAUGGUGCGGCAACGGAAGUCAAGUGGAGUGUGUUGACGAUAACUACUUUUGUGAUGAUCUUUCAUACAACAAUUAUUUUUUUUUCAAAACCCACAAUAAAAAAUACAAAACAAUUUAUUGCAAUAAAGAUGCAGUUUUAUAUGUAGAAAUUACAACAAAAAUUUUUACUUAUUUGAUAUUUUCAAACCAACAAUCUACUUUCGAUUUUCCGUUAACAACACAACAAACUAAAGGUCUCGUGAAAUCUGCUUGUAACGUAGCCAAUUGCUUCACUUGUAUUUCAUGGAACGAUUAUUUCUGCCUAAAUUGUAAUAUUAAUUUUUAUAUGAUUAUUGGUGUUUGUUAUUCAUGUGAAGGAUGCAAUAACACAGAUUGUGGAACUUCCACAACAACAAAUAUAAUGUGUACAGAUUGCAUAGAUGGAUAUGUUUAUAGUAAUCCCAAUUGUUUAAAAUGCAACGAUAAAUGUAAAACAUGCAAUCCCAGCAACACAAAUUACUGCACUUCGUGUUAUUAUGGUCAAAGUGUAACAAACAACAAUUGUACAUAUUGUAUUGGAUGUGCAAAUCAUUGCAUUAAUGGGUUUAAAUGCGCAUCAUGUGAUGGUAAUCAAUAUAUUGAUUCAGAUGGGUUCUGUACAAAGAAUUGUGAUGUGUCUUGUAAUGGCUGUACUGGUAGUGGAGCAAACAAUUGUGUAAACUGUGCAGAUAAUUACUACAAAUUAAAUAAUAUUUGUGUGAAGUGUGGAUCUCCGGAUGUGUGUACGACUUGUUCAAGUUCUGUGUGUACAAGUUGUCAGAGUGGAUAUUACCUAUCAAAUGGCAUAUGUAAUUAUUGUGGAAAUCAUUGUGUAAAUAGUACAUGUCAAGUUAAUACUGGGUGUAGACAGUGUAUAAGUGAUUCGUUCUAUUUAGACGGUAAUAGAAACUGUCAACGUUGCAUUUCGCCGUGUUUGACUUGUUCAAAUUCAACUGUUUGCAAUACUUGUAUUUCUGAUUACUAUUAUCUCAAUUCAAACAACGAAUGCAUACAAUGUGUAAGCCCGUGUUUGCAAUGUUCUUCACAAACCAAUUGUAUAAGUUGUAUUAGCGCGUAUUAUUGGCUUGACACAUCAACAAAUAAAUGCAAACAUUGUUCAUCGCCAUGUGACACGUGCACUGGACCAAGUAAUGGUACUUGUAUUACAUGUGUUGAUCAUCAUUAUUUUGAUGCAACACAGAAGACUUGCACAUAUUGCGGAGAUGGUUGUAUUGCGGGUUGUGAUUAUACGACAAAAUGCACAAAAUGUCAAUUGGGGACUUAUUUAGAUGGUGGUAUAUGCUACAAUUGUAGCACAAUCAAAAACUGUAACACGUGUGAAACUGGUAGAAAAUAUUGUACCAGGUGUGAACCCGGAUUUGAAUUGUUCAAUGGGACUUGUCUGUGCCACAGUGGAACAUAUCAAAACUCAACAGAAGGAACGUGUCAAAUGUGUUACUUGGGACAACAAAAUUGCCACUUGUGUUCAACUACAAAUGAUUAUAAAGCUCAUUGCACUGAUUGUUAUCCAUCUUUCAACUUGGAAACAAGUCAAGGAACGUGUUUAAAAUGUUUACCAUAUACAUAUUACGAUAAUAACUCAAAAAAUUGUCAACCCAAUGAUAUCAAUUGUGUCAAAAAUGCAAAACAAAAUGUUUGUGUUGCAUGCAACAAUAAUACAAGUUUUUUGAAAGACGACAAAUGUGUUGCAAUCACCAACAACUGUACAACCAACACACUUUCGAAUUGUGAAGUAUGCGAUUUUGGCAUUUCAAUUGGUACUUCAUGUUUUUUACAAAACGAGUAUUGCAAAUACAACAUACAACUCAAUGAAAAACAAGAGAGGUGUUUACAAUGUGAAGAUAGCAACAUUCUCAACACAUACAACACUUGUACUUUAAAUGAAAACAAUAUUAAUAAGAUAAUACGAAACAAUUUCACAUUUAUAUGUGAAAAUGGAUAUUUCAAGAAUCAAACGAAUAGCUGUGAAAGCUGUUCGACACACAACGCUGAAAUCUGUUCUUCAAAUUUGACAGAUAAUUUCAGUGUGUUUUCGUGUCAAGGUGGAUAUGUGAUAAACAUUGAAAACGACACGUGUACAAGUGACACCAAUUGUAACACAAUCAAUGGAAGUGACUGCACCACCUGUGACAAAUCCAAGACUUUCAAACGAACAAAGAACAGAUUGAAUUGCCACAAGACAAAUGGGUACACCUGCAUCCAAUGCAACGAAAAAUACACACGAAACAACCAAGACGACCUCUGUGUAACAUCAGAACAAUUUGUGAGAUAUUCAAUGCACACAGUUGUCAACAGUACUCAAAGUACUGUUUUUGAGUGUGAAACAACACAUUUUUUGAGUGAUGGAAAUUGUGAAAGUGUUAUUGGUACAAACAUAAACGACCAACCAAUUCAAAAUUACAAACAAGAUGUGGAUAAUACCAAAUAUUUGAGGAAAGAAAUUGAUAACAACACAAAUUGCAGUUAUCAAAACGAGAAAGGGUGUCUUUCAUGCAACGAUGGAUAUUACUUAGAAAACAACAAAUGUGUUAAAUGCGCCAACAACUGCACGACUUGUUUUAAUUCAACACUUUGUCUAACAUGCAACGAAUCAAAUAAUUGGUUACUCAAUAACAAGGGCGAGUGCAUUGAAACCAUUUUAACAAUCAGUUGCCAACAACCAAUGGGCAAUGGUGUUGGUUGUGCAAUAUGUAAAAAUGGGUAUUACUAUGAGCAAAAGUUUUGUUAUGAAUGUGAUAAAUCGUGUGCAAUUUGUAAAAACUCGAUUUCAUGUUCGUUGUGUGCAGACACAUAUUUUUACUAUAAAAAAGACAGUGACUUGUGUAUCACCUAUGACAAGUUAAUUGGGUGCAAAAACAAGACGUCACAUGGCUGUGAUGUGUGUCAAAUGGGGUAUUAUAUGACAGAUCCGUAUUGUUCCAAAUGUGCAGAGAACUGUCUUUCAUGCACUUCACUGAAAAUGUGUGAUAUGUGUAAUAUCACUGAUUACGUCUUGAAAGAUGGAAUUUGCUUGUAUUACACUGAAAUUGAAUUUUGCACUUCUGCUCACAAUGGAUACUGCACAUCAUGUAAAGGAAUGAGAAAACCGUCAGAUGAUGGAUUGUCAUGUGUGGAAGACAAAUUGAUCACAUUGAAACGAAUUGGUAUACCAAUCAUAGUCGUUGCAAUUGUAAUUAUCAUCAUAUCAACAACAACGACUUACAUUCUCUUUAAUGUGUAUAACAACAACAAAAAUAAAAAGAAGACCAAAAAUGUGUGUGUUUUUCAAAUGAAAAAAUCAAACAUCAAAUUUGUCAAAAUAUCGAAAGAAAUAUCAACAAACAAAACAGAACUGAUUUUUGAAAGUAGUAAUGAGGGUGGAAAGAUACCGGUAAAUGAAUUUAGUCGUGAGUUGUUGUGUCUUGGCAACAACACAACACAUCAUAUAAAAAUGCAGUUGAAAAUGAAAGAAGGGAAUGAUGUUUAUGAAAUCCAAGCCAAUCCCCCUCUUGUGACAUUGAAAUCAAAUUAUGCUUGCGAAUUUGAAAUUUCUAUAAAGCCAAAUUUCACAUCAAAUAUUGAAGACAAAAUAGUGUGUGUGACUUUAAACAUCACUAAAGGGACAGAAGAUGUCAUUGAAAUACCAAUCAGAGCAACAACUGUCAUGUCAUAUCGUCUUGAUUAUCACGAAUUGAUAGAAGAUAAGAAAAUUGGUGAAGGCUCUUUUGGAAUAGUUUACAAAGGCACUUUUAGAGGAAAUGUUGUUUGUAUCAAAAAGAUGAAAGAACUGUUAAUAAACCAAGAAUCACAAGAAAAUGAAUUUGAGAAGGAAGUUGAUAUGUUGGCUAAAUUUAGAAGUGAUUACAUCGUCCACUUCUAUGGAGCAGUCUUCGUGCCAAAUAAAGUGUGUAUGGUCACCGAAUUUGCACAAUUUGGCAGUUUACAAGACUUGAUGAAACACAAAAAAAGUGAUGAAAUUAACAUGAAACUUCGAGUUAAAAUGAUACUUGAUGCAUCAAAAGGAAUUCAAUAUUUACACGACAAUGGGAUACUCCACAGAGACAUCAAACCAGACAACAUUUUAGUGUUUUUACUUAAUAUUAAUGAUAAAGUAAAUGCAAAAUUGACUGACUUUGGUUCAUCAAGAAAUGUCAAUUUAUUGAUGACAAAUAUGACAUUCACAAAAGGUAUUGGUACACCAGUGUAUAUGGCGCCUGAAGUGUUGAAAAAAGAGAAGUACAAAAUGUCAUCAGAUAUAUAUUCGUUUGGAGUCACCAUGUUCGAAGUGUUUGGGUGGGAAGAACCCUACGAUAAAAUGGAAUUCAAAUUUCCUUGGAAAAUCGCUGAAUUUGUUAUAUCUGGAAAACGACUUCCAAAGGAAGAGUCAAUAACACAAGACGAAUAUGUUUUGAUAUCACAGUGUUGGGAUAGUGAUAUAAAAAUACGGCCAUCAAUCAAUGAUGUUGUUGAAAAACUGGAGACAUUAAAUUCAUAA